AUGAUGAGGCUGAUCAGCGAGACCUUGUCAGAGUACAUGUUGUACCUGCUCAUCAAGCAGCCGGAUAUGUUGCCGCCGGGCAUCGGGCUGGUCCUGUACCGUGACACCUGCGCAGAGGCAAAGCUGUUCUUCGAGUCUGCAGCAGCGUGGGACCCGGACCACUGCGACGCGCGGAGGAUGCUGCUGGGGGUGAACACGACCAUGGAGCCAUCAGCGGUGAAUGGCACCCGGUGCAGGUCGGUGCUGUUCAACGGCGUGAUCCUGGGCAAGGCGCUGAGGGAUCUGGGAGACGACCUGAUGUGGCAAAUGGUGGCCAAGGUGUGGGAGGAGAUGCUUACGUACGCGGCAGGCAAGUGCCGGGGUAGCACGCACCUACCGCAGCUCAGCCGUGGCGGCGAGCUCAUAACCAUGGUCUGGUUCCUCAUGGCGCACAUGGGCGUCGGCGACAUGUACGAGAUCAACAAGAGAGAUGGCGUGCCCAAGCUCAUCGUCCGUGGCCAGUAGCCCCAGUAGCCAGUAGCCAUUGCUCUGUUUUUUCCGCCGAUUUGUUCUAUUCCAACGUACUGUACUGCUCGGGUUUCUCAUCCCUCAUCCUUGUGUGUUUGUUAUGUCCUUGUACUGUAUGUCGACCUUUAAAAGUUUCAGUAGCUUUGCAGCAAUCGAAAUGAGUAAAAGAGUACCUGAAUUGUGUGAAUCAUUAUUGGGAGCACAGACCAGGGGAGGGGGGGUACCUGGAUCGUGCGAAUCAUUACUUCCUUUGUGAUUACCAAGAUUGGUGGCCAUUUUGUCUGUAUCGAUGUCCACACAAGUGCUUUCUAAAAAGAAAAAAAAGAUUGAUACGAUACCAUGGACAUACCAAAAAAAAGGCAAGGCUGAAAUGAAACAAAGAGAGGGGCAAAAGAAUAA